AUGGCCACCCAGUUACCGGAUGACUUCAAAUGCCCGAUUUCGUUAGAGAUAAUGUCUGACCCGGUUAUACUCUCGUCGGGUCACACCUUUGAUCGGGUCUCAAUUCAACGGUGGUUGGACUCCGGCCACCGAACCUGUCCAGUUAGUAAACUGCCGUUGCCGGAACCGCCUACGCUAAUUCCUAACCACGCCUUAAGGAGCCUCAUUUCCAAUUAUACCCUUGUUUCGUUGCCUAAACCCCAGCCUUACCCUUCCAACCCGCAAAAUCUGAUUCAAACCCUUGUUUCUUCUCUCUCUCCUUUGGACGCCAAGCUGAAUUCGCUUGACCAGCUAAGCCGGAUGUCAAAGCGGGACUCUGGGAUUCGCCGGAGGCUGACUGAGUCAGGGGCUGUGUCGGCUGUGUUGGACUGUGUCAACUCGAGCGAGUCAGGGCUACAGGAGAAGGCCCUGCACCUGCUUCUGAACCUCAGCUUAGAUGAUGACAACAAGGUGGGAUUGGUGGCAGAAGGCGUCAUCGGAAAGGUGAUAUCCGCCUUACGAUGCGGGGAUGGAGACUCGCGGGCGGUGGCGGCCACUGUUCUGACGAGCCUGGCGGUGGUGGAGGUCAAUAAGGUCACUAUUGGGUCCUAUCCGGAUGCCAUUCCUGGCUUGCUAGCUCUCCUUUGCGCAGGAAAUUCAAGAGAGAGGAAAGAAGCUGCCACGGCUUUAUUCACUCUCUGCUCUUUCCCUGACAACCGGGUUCGGGCUGUACAGAAUAACGCCGUUCCGAUAUUAAUCCAGAAUGCUAAUUCAGGCCUGGAGCGGGCAGUAGAAGUUUUGGGUCUAUUGGCAAAAUGCAGAUUGGCCCGAGAAGAAAUUAUGAGAUUUGACAGGUUUUUGGAUAUCUUGAUUGAGGUUUUGAGAAAUGGGAGUUCAAGGGGUGUGCAAUAUGCCCUAUUGACUUUGAGUUCUUUGUGUAGUUAUAGUGAAAAGAUGUGUUUGGAGGCUCUAAAAUUAGGGGUGAUUGAGAUAUGUGUUGGUUUACUGAAGGAUGAUAAUGAGAAGGUGAGAAGGAAUGCAAAAACUCUCAUUCAGAAUCUAGUACAUCUUAAGAAAGGUGGUGAUGCUGAAAAUGUUCCAUCAGCAACACUGCAUGCUUGA